AUUGUAGUACGGUUAGUACAUUCUAUUAUUUUGGUGACAGAUAUUUUUUCAAAUGUCGCAUUUCGAUCAUUUGCUUUUGAAUUUCCUUGGGCAUUUGGUUAUGCUGCCUUGUCAAGUUAUGUAUUUGGAAUAUCUCAUACAAUGAGUGAUAGUAGUCAUGUCAUUUACAAUUCAUGGUUCCACAAUCCUUUAAAGGUUGAUAUUUUGUGUUCAACCUUGAUCAUCAUGCCUUUUGUAUCAAAUAAUAUCUGUUCCAUCUCUGCUGGUAUAUAUGCUCAAAAUGGGGAUAUAGAAAAAGCCAUUUUGUUUACUCGCGCGUUAUAUUAUUUUUGGACAAUAUAUUGUGGUACACUUGGUUUGGUUUUACUCUAUUCUGGUGUCUACUUGGUACGACUUCUGAAUCAUCAUUUAAGAUCACAACGUGGAGUCCAAUGUAAUGUCGCCAAAGUUAAAACUGGGAUUCUCAAGGUCAAAUUAGUCAUUUUUAUUGGUUGUAGUUGCCUAAAUAUCUUUGCUAUUAUUGUCUGUCUUUAUGGUAUCUUCCGAGAACGUAUGUCAAAUAGUACUCUUUGUAGUUUGGUGAUUGCUGCUAUAUGGACAUUUGAUGGUCCUAUGGCAACCGUCUUGGUGGAAUUAGCUUUGAUCUUAAAGUAA